AGCUGUUGUGCUGCCGUGCUUUUUGCCCUGGCUGUGCUGACUCUGGCUCUCUGCAGGCAGGGGAUGCUGCCUGCUUCUAUGACAUCAAGCUGGGCCGGAGGCGCGUGGAGCACCACGACCACGCUGUGGUCAGCGGCAGGCUGGCUGGAGAAAACAUGACAGGAGCUGCAAAGCCCUACUGGCACCAGUCCAUGUUCUGGAGUGAUCUGGGCCCCAACGUGGGGUACGAAGCCAUUGGCCUCGUGGACAGCAGUUUGCCCACAGUGGGGGUGUUUGCCAAGGCCACGGCCAAGGACACGCCGAAAAGUGCAACAGAACAGUCAGGGACUGGAAUUCGAUCUGAGAGCGAAACGGAAGCGGAAGCCUCAGAAGUGCAGAUCUCUCCAAGCUCUUCACCAACGCCUCAAGUCCCAAAGCAAGGAGAAGAUUACGGCAAAGGUGUCAUUUUCUACCUCAGGGAUAAAGUCGUGGUGGGAAUUGUGUUGUGGAACAUCUUCAACAGGAUGCCCAUUGCCCGGAAGAUCAUCAAAGAUGGGGAGGAGCACGAGGACCUCAAUGAAGUAGCAAAGCUCUUCAACAUCCAUGAAGACUGAACUCUGCAGCAGGAACGGCUGGAGGGAGCAGGCUGCUGGCUGCACCUUGGGCAGCUUCCUGGGAGCACUUGGGAAUAUUCCUCUCACCCAAGCCCAGUGUUUGCACCAAUAAAGUCAGAUUGUUCUA